AUGGUGGAGCUGGAUGAGGCCGUCCCGUACCUGGGAAAGCUUGAGAUCAGCCCUCUCCAACUUUGCUGGGUCUUCAGCGGACCCAAUCUCCGGAGGGCCGAGCUGGGUGGACCGGCUACGUCGUGCGUUAGCUCACGCACGAGCUAUCGCGCCCCGGCGAAGCAGGGUUUGUACACCGAGGCCGACUACGAGGAUGGCUUGAGAGAAGUGCUUCAGCGGACCGAGGCCUUCAAGGACAAUCGCAUCCAGCUUGCACGGCUGCGGGUCGCCUGGGCCCGGGCCAGGCAAGACUUGUCAAAGGAUUGCAUGAUGUGUAUCAUCAUCGUUUUGGUGAAGGGCACAACUUGGGAACCACUACAAGGCGUUCUGGACAAGACGGUGUGCAAGAAGUAUUCUGAAAGGAGCCGCGAGCCCGUGUGGGUGCUUCUUUUGGUCGUGGUCAGCUAUGCUUACCUCAUUCCAGGGCUGGUGGAGGUGCUCUUCAGCUUCAACAUCGUCUUUGACACCGGCCCCGGGGGCUACUACGGCAUUGGCCCAGAGGGCGGCUUCAACAACUCGCCCGGGCCCUAUCGAGUCGUUUGCCCCGAGGGGAGCUAG